AUGUCUGAAAACGGCGCAAGCACCAGCAAGGCUCCCGUCACCGAUCGUGGAGCAGAUCGCUCUUUGGUCGAUGUCCAGCCAUUUCGCAUGAGCGAUCUUCAGCCCAAGUACGCGCACCAAAUCGACCAUGAUUCAUCUGAUAACCCAGAUGCUCACGGCUGGUACGCCAGUUUGAUCCACGGCCUUGGUGAAUGUAUCGGUUUCUUCGGAGCUAUCCCCUGCUGCAUCUGCUGUCCCAACCCGUUCAAGCCUGUCGACCAGGGUGAGGUCGGUUUGAUCUCGCGAUUUGGACGCUUCGAGCGAUCAGUCGAUCCUGGUCUGGUUAAGAUCAACCCGCUCAGUGAACACAUCACCACGGUCGAUGUCAAGAUCCAAAUCGUCGAGGUGCCCCGUCAGGUCUGUAUGACCAAGGACAACGUUACCCUCAACCUGACCUCCGUCAUCUACUACCAAGUGGUCUCUCCCCACAAGACCGCCUUCGGUAUCUCGAACGUGAGACAGGCCCUCGUCGAGCGCACCCAGACAACACUGCGCCAUGUGAUCGGCGCGCGCGUCUUGCAAGACGUGAUCGAGCGUCGUGAGGAGAUCGCCCAGUCGACCUCGGAGAUCAUCGAGGAGGUAGCAGCCGGGUGGGGAGUGAAGGUCGAGUCGAUGCUGAUCAAGGAUAUUAUCUUCAGCAACGACCUGCAGGACUCACUCUCGAUGGCGGCGCAGUCCAAGCGCAUCGGUGAAAGCAAGGUCAUUGCCGCGCGCGCUGAGGUCGAAUCCGCCAAGUUGAUGCGCCAGGCUGCCGAUAUCCUGUCCUCCGCUCCGGCUAUGCAGAUCCGCUAUCUCGAAGCGAUGCAGGCCAUGGCUAAGAGUGCAAACAGCAAGGUGAUCUUCUUGCCAGGAAUGACGCCGAAUACGUCCCAGCAACUGGCUGCCGCCACCAAUGCGGGAGAGGGCCCGAGCAACUACGGUGCCCCGACCAACAACACCGAUGGUGGCUUCCAGGGUGCGAUAAAUGCUCGUGUUGUCGAGGACAUCUAG